GAAACCUCACCCCCACCAAACGUCAACAAGCAAUUGCCUCCCCACUCCACAACUCCAAUACCGCGCAAUUCGUAGGAUGGCGGCAGUGGAGAUAUGCAACCAUUCCUGUCCAAAGCAUCACGAACCACUUGUUGCUAUCACUCUACAAUAGGCAGCGUAACGGUUUAUCUUCGAUUCGGCGAAUUCUACAAGAGGUUUUACUCGGCGGUUGUUGGUGAGCAGAAGAGGAAGGAUGGCGAGGGCAGUAAGGCAGCGAGGACGGGAGGGGGUGGGGGUGGGGGUGGAAUUAAUACUAAGGAAGGGGGUAGUUGGAAGGAAUUCAAACAUUCGGUGUCCCAUCCAAACGCUGCGAAUAAUAGCGAGGCGGGAGAACAUCGGAUUAUACCCCACGCACUGCGGAAGCACAUUGAAGGAACGGCGAAAUUUCUAACGACGAGAGUGCUAGAGCACGAUCGGCUGCUUAAAGAUUUGAGAGCGGAGAUAGUUAGAUGGCAUCGGCGAGAUACGGGGGAUAAUACGGCGUCAGAUCAAAAGCAUAGGAAGCCUUCUACCGACUCCGGCAGUGAAUUCGACCAGUUGGAGAUGCUCAAGAAGACGCUACAACAUAUCAGCCAUCGCUAUUACCAGAUGCCGGAGAAACCUAAUCCGGAGAAGGAAGAAUCGAAUGGAGAGUUGGCAGAGGGGAUAAAUCCUAAAAUGCACAUCCCUUAUAUCCCACCUUUCCCUGAGUACGUAACACCUGGACCACCGACAGAGUUGAAUGAAUCCCUUAUUAAACUGUUAUCUGCUCGACCCCCGCCAAUUGCUUUUCUCUCCAAGAUAUGUUAUAAUCUACUUACCUCGCCAACAGCACCGGAUGUCGAAACCUUCAACAUCCUCAUGUUGGGCCUUACCCGCCUACGACAGAACUCCCUCUCCCAUCUCCUCUUCCGCACACUUUUAGAAGGCGGCCUCGGCCCAAAAGUCGCCCCGAACGAGGGCACAAUCAUCCGCUUAAUCAACCUCUGCGUAAAAUCCAACGACCAAGCCGGCUUCCUAAAGGUUAUGAACAUCCACUGGCGUCAGCAAAUGCGUCCAGGAAAAACGCGCGAAGAGAGAAGGCGCUCGAAACCUAUCCUCGAAGCAAUCAUCUAUGGCUUUGCAAAGUUUGGCAACAGCGGCCAAGUACUGGUCUACCUCCGAGCCCUCGCGCGGGAGUGUCCUGACUCGCCGGAGCCGUCAAUGUGGCUCUGGACCGCCAUACUAAAACUCUACACCGAGCAAACCGACUGGCCCCAGGGUACCCGUGCAUGGAAGCAAAUGAUGAAACAAGACACCCAAUAUCAAAAAGACGGCACAGGCGAGCGUGCGGACUUCCGUGCGUUCCAUCAAAUGUACAAGCUCUGCGAGGAAUGCGGGAACUCAGUGUGGACAGCGGCGGUCCUAACCCUCGCAGCACAACGCGGUUGGGACAAGGAAACCCUAGCGAAGAAGCCGAAUAAGGGGAAAGGGGUCUGGUUCCGUAGGCAAAACAAGACACCAAAUUACAUCAAGGGGCGAGGAGUCUACAUGCGCGAGGUUGAAGGGAAGGACUUGCUGCGAACACUGGAUUACGCCUGGGCGAUGCAGGACCUAGCGGAGGACCCGCGUUGCACCGACGUCGAUUAUGAAGAUAUAGAGGAGAUGCUUGAGGACCCCUCCUUCGACGCCUUUAGAAUGAGGCACCCAGCACAUCCACCGCCGAAAAAACCGCUUGUGUCCAGGAAGCAGAAGAUUCGCACUUGGGAAGAAAUAUUGGACGCGAGGAUGAAAGUUGUCUCCGAAAAAUUAAGGGCUCGCACGCGCAAAAGGUUCUCGAAGAGGAAGAAACCGAGGAAGAGGAAACGGCAGGGUGACGGCGGGGAUGGUGGUGUUAGUGGUGGGGAUGAAGCGAGUGAUGGCGAGGGUGACGAUAAUAGUGGGCCCAACGCCAAGAGCAACAACUGUGAAGGAUACCACAUGAUAGACGCAUUGUAA